GGCGGGCCGUGCAAAGAGGGACCUUUAUCUCGCUGUUUAGAUCCGGCGCUCGUUAUCGCUCGCACCGCCCUGCAGGGCAUGCCUCUAAUCCCUCCGCGUGCCGGUCAGCUGGCGGUACCGGCCGGCACGGUGGGCCCGGGUUCCAGCUGGUCCCGCUCCCGAGCCGGCCUUUCCUUGAGCUGCGGUCAGUUGUUGGUAAAGCUUUUUUAUUGUUUUUCCUCAGUGACAAUGGCAAGGAUUCGGAUUACUAGCGCAAUCGUUAUACUUUUUGUUAUGGUUCAGACUGGAUUCUUACUCUUCAUGUAUGCCCGGUACAGUAGCUUCAUGCCUCAAUCUGAGGAAAAACCAUCUCAAGUCCACAUCCUCAUUCUCUCCUCCUGGCGGUCAGGAUCUUCUUUUGUUGGUCAACUUUUCAGCCAGCACCCCAGCGUCUUCUACCUGAUGGAGCCUGCGUGGCACGUGUGGGUCACGAUGUACCAGAACAGUGCCAAAGUCUUGCACAUGGCAGUGCGGGACUUAGUCAGGUCUGUCUUUCUGUGUGACAUGUCUGUGUUUGAUGCCUACAUGCCUUGGAAAAGAAACUUAUCCGAUCUCUUUCAGUGGGCAGUGAGUCGGGCUCUAUGUUCAGCUCCUGCUUGUGACUCUUUUCAACGUACUGACAUAACCAGUGAAAUGGCGUGCAAGACUCUCUGUGGUCGGUACCCGUUCAGCAAAGUGGAGGAAGCUUGUAAAACCUACAGCCACAUUGUCAUCAAGGAGGUCCGGUUCUUUGACUUGAAGGUUCUCUACCCGCUUCUUACUGAUCCUUCCCUGAACCUCAAAAUUAUUCACUUGGUUCGUGACCCCAGGGCAGUUGUCAAGUCACGGGAACAAUCAGUCAAAGCAUUAGCCCGUGACAAUGGGAUUGUUUUGAGUACCAAUGGCACUAAAGUUGAAGACAGCAAAUAUAAAGUAAUGCAAGAAAUUUGUAGAAGUCACGUUCAGAUUUAUGAAACAGCUACUCUAAAACCCCCUAGUUUCCUUAAAGAUCGCUAUCUAAUGAUCCGUUUUGAAGAUCUGGUAAGAGAUCCUUUAUCAGAAAUCUCAGAAAUGUAUAAAUUUGCAGACCUUAGUUUGACCCCCACACUUAAAAGCUGGAUCUAUAAUAUCACACAUGGACAGGGACCAGGAAAAAAAAAAGAAGCCUUCAAAAUCACAUCCCGAGAUGCAGUUAAUGUUUCCCAGGCCUGGAGGAAUGUUCUUUCCUUCCAGAAAAUUAAGAAAGUACAGGAGGUUUGCAAAGGUGCUAUAAACAUGCUUGGUUAUCAGCUAGUGGAUUCAGAAAAAGAACAGAGAGAUCUGUCACUGGAUUUAGUGUUGCCAAGACGACAAAACCAAUUCAGUUGGUCAUCAUUUAAUCCAAAGAACUAAGACAUUACUCCAAGAGACUGGGGGUGGGGGGGACUAUUUAUAGUGCAGUGUAUAGGUAAUUUGAAAAUCCUUGUGCGCUGAAUUUAAUUAUCUUCCUGUCACCUGUUUUUCCAAACUAUGUUUUUUUCUGAGUUUCUUACACUACAAAACAAAACAAAAAAAGAAGUGCAACAAGAGAUUUGUCAGAUUACAGAUUUACAGCCCAGCUGUGCUGUUCUCAGCAUUGUUUUAAGAAUAUAAUUUAAAUACUUUCUAUUAAAAGAUGAAUUAUCAGAGAUGUCUUUUUUUUUCCUUCAUUGAUAAUAGUUCAAUUCUGUUUUCAUACUUUAAAUAUUUAAGAACCUCAGUUCCUAAUUUGUAUUAGAGGGACAAAGUAGAAACUUGUUUCCGCCAGUUCCAGAAUCAUGUGCCUUCUUUUGUUUUAAAGCUGUCUUCCAGUUGUGUAUUUUUUUAGACCUCUCUUGACAUUUUUAAUUUCAAUGUAAAAGUUCUCCAAGAGCUGGAAUAACUGCAGUAGUCAAAUUGUAAAAGGCUUAAACAGUAACUUCAUUUAUUGGUAGAUUUCUUAGUACUUUGGAAUGGCAGAUUUCUCAGUCAGACAUUUGAAUGUGACACUGGCAUAGAGUUCUAUCUUGGAGUGCAAAAAGUAAAGGAGAGGAAGAAACUUUGAGCGGAGUCACUGUGGAAGUAGCCUGUUAAUGUUGCCUUAGUGGUGUGUUCUAACGCUGUGACACAGAGUAGGCACAUGCUUCUCCCUGCAGUGCAACUCCCAUCAUUAACCCCUCUCUCUUCAGCACUACAGGUGGUUGCUAAUGAAGAUCACUGAGAAAUAUAAAGUGCUUUGGGAAUCUGCGUGUUGAUUGUACUGCUGUAUGAAAGUGAUCAAUGCAAACAAUUUUGAUAGCAGAAAUAAAGAUUGAUUUUAUACAAUA